GUCUUGCAGCAGUAAUUGGUCAGGAAGUGGGCUGCUUGGAUGUGCGAGCUCUUCUCUCCCUCGCUCUCCCCCUCCCCUCCCAGUGGGCAGUCAGUUCGGUUGCGUUUUGCUUCCAUCUGUCCUCUCUCUCUGUCUCUCUCUCUCUCUUUCCUCUCGGUGUCUCUCUUUCUCUCUGAUCUGACCUCAUAGAGGGGUGGACCGCGGACCGGGCCGUCUUGACACGAGCCCUACCUACCUCUCUGAAGCCAGUCAGCGUUUCUAAGACUGUAGCGUGAAACUUUUCUAACGCCUGGACAUGGAUCUAACCUGUGAUGACAGGAUACUGGGAUACCAGCGGCUGAGGAAAGGCUAAACGUGGGGAUGGUGUCUCUUGAGACGAUUAUAACUACCUGCCUGAUGCGUUGCCUCCUCUUCCUGAAGUCCCGGACUCCGGCUCAGUCCUGAGCUCCGUUGACAUCCCGGCCCGCUGCCUCCGCAACCCGGCCUUCCGCCACACCUCCUCGCGCUACUGCUCCGCCAUCAGCAUGGACUCCUCCCCCGACAGCGCCGAAAGGCCGAUCAGCUACAGCUCCACCUCUUCUUCCGCCUCCUCCCGGGACAGUCACUGCUCGCUGGGCAGCCGCUCCACCCUCGUCCCCGCCCCUCACUGUAACCCGGCGACCUCGGACCGGGACUCCGGGGCGAUCAGGCUGGAACUGGUGCCGGCCCGGCAGCUGGGAUGCCGGGAGGAAGAUGACAGGAAUGACGGAGGGGUGGACACAGGGAGACAGGGCAGUGGACAGACUCUGACAGAACAUUCAGAGCCGGAGGCGGGUCCAGAUGGAGGAGAGCGGAUCGGUCAGGUGCAGGGACCCAGGACGUAUGUGGACCGGGUGGUGCAGGAGAUACUGGACACAGAGAGGACCUACGUCCAGGACCUGCGCAGCAUUGUAGAGGACUACUUGGAGUGCAUCAGUAAUCAGUCUCGUCUGGCCCUGAGCUCUGAGGAUAAAGUCUCUCUGUUCGGCAACAUCCAGGACAUCUACCACUUUAACAGGGAUCUUCUUCAUGAUCUCGAGAAGUGCAACGCCGACCCCGUGGCCAUCGCAGAGUGCUUCGUAUCCAAGAGUGAAGAAUUCCACAUUUAUACUCAGUACUGCACCAACUACCCACGGUCGGUGGCGGUGCUAACAGAGUGCAUGAGGAACAAGGCGUUGGCCAAGUUUCUCCGCGAGCGCCAGGAAUCUCUGCGGCACUCCUUGCCUCUGGGCUCCUACUUGCUCAAGCCGGUGCAGAGGAUCCUCAAGUACCACCUACUGCUGCACGAGAUAGCCAACCGCAUGGAGAAGGACACGGAGACCUACGAGGUUGUGCAGGAAGCCAUAGACACCAUGCAGAGAGUGGCCUGGCACAUCAACGACAUGAAGAGGAAACACGAGCACGCCGUCAGGUUGCAGGAAAUCCAGAGCCUGCUGACCAACUGGAAGGGCCCCGAUCUGAUCGGCUACGGAGAGUUGGUCCUCGAAGGAACGUUUCGUCUGCAGCGAGCCAAAAACGAGAGAACCCUCUUCCUGUUUGACAAGCUCCUGCUCAUUACCAAGAAACGAGAAGAAACCUACACGUACAAGGCUCACAUACUGUGCUGUAACCUGAUGCUGGUGGAAGUUAUUCCUAAAGAACCGCUGAGCUUCAGUGUGUUUCACUACAAGAAUCCCAAACUUCAGCACACGGUCCAGGCCAAAUCACAGCAAGACAAGCGCAUGUGGAUCUUACACCUCAAGAGACUCAUACUUGAAAACCAUCCGGCCAAAAUCCCAGCCAAGGCUAAGCAAGCAAUUUUGGAGAUGGAUGCAAUGCAUCAUCCCGGGUUUCAUUACAGCCCUGAUGGAGACAAGAAGGAUUCCCCUCAGACAAAGGAGGGUCCAACCCCUCGUAGAGGACGCAGGAAAGAACCUCUAUCCAAAUUAUUGAAGAACGCCAAGCAGAAUGCGGCCAACACAGACGGCGAAAAGCGAAUAAGCCUGGGCGCCUCCCUGCUCUCGCCAAUGUCCCAGCUGGCUUUGGGCACCAUCGGUCGCAGCCGCAGCCUCAUCAACCAAUCACAGGAGUCCCUGGACCCCGGCGAUCACUAUGACCACAGUGACAGAGAAGAGGAGCCACAUCAACAAGACGCUGAUGAUGAAGACGACAGCGGCCUGGGAGGUGGAAAGCGGCUGCGAGUCCCUGGCAAAGGCAGCAGGAAGAGGCUGAACCCUCAGGCGUCUGUCGACAGUAUAGAACAGUGGAAAACCUUCAACAUGAGCACUAAAGACCUACAGAAAGCCAGAGAAACCCUGGUGAGGGAAGGAAGUCACCACCCGCCGCUUCUCAGGACAAGACACGUGACGGAGGAGCCUCCAGAUACCCCCAUCCCCUCUGUAGUAGUCACAGAAAGUGACCAUUCUGUGAGGAACAUCUGGGCGGACCACCGCGCUCGCAGGGCCAUGUUCCCCACCCGCCAGCGAACCAUGCAGCCCGACGACGAGGACGAGGACAUCUACCAGAUGUUUGUCCCGACGGAGCCGAGCGGACCGGAGCCAGAGGCGCCCUCGGAGAGGACGGAGGCCGCCUCGUCGUCGCCCAAGACGGCUCGGCCCUGCAGCUGGCACGUCGAGCAGGUGCCCACCGUGCAGAUCGACCCUCCACCCGAUGGGAGCAGAGUCCUGCGAAGGGCGAGCAGCGCAGGGGAGAAGACCACAGAGGCUCGACAGAGCCCUGACGACGACUCGGCCGGUCAGAGCAACCUGGAAGUGAUCCACACCGAAUCCUCCAGCAACGACAUAUCUGGAUCAUCCUCGGCCGAGCAGCUGACAAUAGACGAUAUUGAAAACGUGUAUGACAACAUCAGCUAUGAGGACCUGAAGAGCAUGGGCCUCGUCAGAAGAGACCCAGAGGAGAGAGAGUCACGGAAGGAGACUUCUACAGAUGCACAGGGUCCCCAGGGCCAGACAGCAAGGGUACUGAACGCUCCAGAGGUCACAGAGCCUAUGAUCCAACCAGACAGCUCCUCGGAUAGCAACCGGUCCUCCACACAGGAGGGGAGGCCAUUCGAGCUCAAGAUAGUAGAGGAGAACAUCUAUGACACUAUCUGUUUCAGGGAGCCGCCACCAACAGAACUUAAAGGAACAAAUGAAGGCGACAAACUGAAACAAGAGAGGGACAGUCUGCUGGCCUCUGAACAAGACCUGACUGAGAGCCUGGGAGGGUUUGUGUCCGAGGAGAGCCUCCACUUUGGAGAGGAUGAAGGACCAGACGCCUCCCAUCCCGUCCAGUGUUCCUCUGAGCCGGAUUACUCCUCCUCGUCUGCCUCUGAGACUUUCCCUCAGCGCUCGCAGAAAGGAGAUAAGAUGUCAGAGCAAGUCGACGAGAUCUGGAACGAUCUGGAAAACUACAUCAAGAACAACGAGAAGAAAGCUGAUAGACUCCCCGCUGCCUUCCCCGUCAGCGCCAGUGAGUCGCCUAAGAAGGCGGUCAAGAACAGCCCUAAGAAGAGGCCCAUUGUGAAUAGUCCUCAAGCAGCCAGCCCCCCAACACAUCAGCCUAAACCCCCACCUGUCACCUCCACGCCGUCAUUCACUAUCCCAGUCAUCAACUUCCCUGACCUUCCAAGUGAAAGCACCAUCACAGAAGAGAACCACAGCUCCCCCGCUCCUACGUCACGCCCCCUCCCCGUAACCCCAGAGCCCCCAGCGGGCACCGUGAAGAGCAUCCGUAACAGACUGGCUCGCCUCAGCAGCGGCAGCUUCCGCCUGGAGGACGACGACCUGGUGGAGCUUCCUCAACGCAACACCCCUCACAAGGAAAUCCCCCUCAAGGACCUUCACUGCUUGUUUCCAGGGGAGUUGGCAGGUCUGGAAUCACCACUGGCCUCCUCCUCUCUGCUGCUGGGCGAGUCCCUGGACUUGGACUCGGAGAAGUCAAAGAACAGGGUGUUCCUGAUGGCGCGGCAGUACAGCCAGAAGAUCAAGAAAGCCAACCAACUGCUGCGCAUGAGGAGCAUGGACCCCGGAGACGCUUGUAGUCGGGCCAGAACUGAGAAGAAGCAGAAAGACCUGGCAGCUAUCUUGGAGGAAAAGAAACAAGGGGGCACUGCUAUAGGUGCAAGGAUAGCGGAGUACUCGCAGCUCUACGACCAGGUCAUGUUUAAGGAUCCUCCCGGUCCGACUGGCCCACAUCACGGCCACCCAGGGCUGCCGUCUUCUCCGUCCAUGCCCGAGACCUCUCUGGAGGAGGACUGGCUCCACUCCACGUACAGCAACGGAGAACUGGCCAGCUUCGUCUCCUCGUCCGGCGCGUUGGACGACGCUCGGGCGUCCUCCACCCCGCAGCGCAGACUCACCUCCGCCUGCUCCAUCCCUUCUCUCAAGACCUCCCCGACCACCCCGCCGCCCCAGAGAUGGAGCUCGUGCAUGGCGGCGCCGAGCGAAAAGGAGGAGCACGUGUACAGUUCCAUUAAGAGGCAUCCUUCCUUUAACGCUCCGUCUUCGCCCUCAAAGUCGUCCCCGUCCAGUCACUGUCAGUCGCUCGGCUCUCUGGGCAGCCCGGAGAAGAACCAGUCUGGACUGAAAUGUAACGGACCCACAGACAGACUACGCGGCCCCAGUCUGGGUCGCGCCGGUCGGCAAAGUAGCCUCCCAGAGCGCUUUACCCAGGGACACUCAGACCUCACUUUACACGACGGCCAACAGGUGGUGGUGCUGAACCGGGCCUCUGCUCUGAGCAUACUGAGCGCCACCCAGAACUACCUGGCGAACUUUAAGGACGACGGGGAAGACGACGACGACUACGUAGAGAUCCGCUCGGAGGACGAGAGCGAGCAGGAGCAGGACAGGUUGUCGCGGCGAAACGGCAGCUCAACGCUCCUCUCCAAUCAGAGCCGGGGUCUCGUCCACUCCCAGAGUCUGCCGUGCACGCCGGCGCGCUCCUGCGACCCGCUGAGGCCUCUGGACCGCGAGCAUCUGGAGAAGUACCUGUGGAGCGAACCGCAGCAGAGCCAACCCAAAAUCGUCCAGUCUCUGAGGGAGAAGUUUCAGUGUCUGAGCUCCAGCAGCUUCGCCUGAGUCUAUACGACGAAUAAAAGCCAAAUAUAUAUAAAACAUAACAGCAUAUAGCAACAAAAGGGACACUGCUGCUUUGCCUUGAACGCCCCUCAACAUCGUAGUCCACCUCUCCAACGUAAAUCAGACGCAAUUUCUUCGAUUGCAGCCAUAUUUGUACCAACUCUCUGUUACGGGGCUUCAAUGUAAAAUACAUGAUAGGUUACUCUUAAUAGUGAACAGCCUGCAUGUGAGCUGCCUUAGCACUUCCAGGUUCAAACAGUGUGUGUUUCAAACAGAUCAGGUGGUGAAACGUCAACACGUUCUCAGUCGUUUCUAAAGGCAUUCAGUGUGACUGAAUGGGUUUUAAUAUUCUUUUAUUGCUUUACGUGUGAGCCUUGUAGAGAUAAUUGGAGUCGUGUGAAUUGGUUCUGCUGGAGGACUUAGUGCCAAUAAACUGUUGUACAGUUACAGUAGUUCAGGAUGUCUGUUACCGAUUGUAAAAUAUAAAUUCUUGUCUGUGCCCAAACGUCUCAAAACCGAAGCAUCAAAAAUCGAAUGGCAGACAUUGACUUCUCUUCAAGCUCUUUCUUUUAAUUUGCCGUUAAGGUUAUUUUAACUGCAUUUUCAGCACUAGUUAAUCUUAACCUGUGUAGGUUUUAAUGUGCUUACACUAUCAAACUGCUCUGAACAAAGCAGCUUUACAAAAUUUCCAGUUCAAAUCUUCAGAUUUGCUACUAGAUUGACACUUUUAACAGCUUUUUAGCAAUAAUUGUAACAAAAAGGAUGCAGCUAAGAUCCAAUAGGUUAAGUAUAACUAGACUUAGACUUGUAAGUCUAUUUGAAGUUAUUGUAUUUCACUCUACCUGCCACCUUCGUCACCAGUAGGGUAUAACGCUUUAAAAACCAAGAGAAGAUGCUGAUAUUUUAGAUAAUCUAUAAGAAACCGUAGGGCUUCAUAUUUAUUUUGAAUCUGUGAGUAAAUCGGAGAUGUUUUUAUUAUACGUCAUGUCGAGUGAAAUGUGCAUCUCAACAAGUGGAUGUUUUGUUUUUCAUCACACUAUUUUUUUUGUUUUUUAAGAGGGACCACGAAGGAGGUUAGUUAAAAGACUACAGUACUGUAUUUGGUGUAUUUUUUUCUCUCUCAAAUGGAUAGUCUGUUUACUUUGUUUACGUUAUGGGACACUCCCAACUGUCACACUACUGAUGUUGCAUCCACAGUCACAGAAAGAUCACUUUAAUAAGGUUCAUACAACACAGUUUUCUCUUCCAGUAUUUACCACACACUGUCUUUAAAAAAAAAAAAUCACUAAAGUUGUCCUAUUUAUUUGAAAGCAUCCCUGUUAUUUUGGCCUUUAUCACUAUUACGUCAAGCCACAGACAAGUUGUAAAAUAAAUAUUUAUUAAAAGAAGAGUUUUAUUCAGAUUUAGGGGCGCAGACAAAAUUUGAAUCAAAUACUGUGAAUAUUUUCAGAAGUAAAUUUAUUUUCACGCACUGCUCAACACAACUUCCAAGUCACAACAACACGUGAAAAAGCACAAUAUAAUGGCCUCAUGUUCAUAUCAGGAAAUAUGCAUCAAAAGCAAGUUAGGAAUAUGAAGUAUGUUUUUUUUUAUUGUACAUUUUUGUUUCACUGGUGGGGAUUGUCUGUCUUCAUUGACUCUUUUUUGCACUUUUCUUGUCUUUUUUUUUACGUUUUAUAUGUAAACACGUUGUAAAGAUGUACAUUUUAGGAAAGUUAUUCUUGUAUGCCAUAGGUAUGCUUUAUAAUGCUUUAAUGUUUAAGUUAAGUGUACUGUAUUUUUUUAACUGCCUAGUUGUCAUUGCUCAACAAAAUGUAAUAAAUUCAGAUUAAACUCA